AUGGCAAGAAAUGCUAAUGUACAACACAACAGUGUGCUUUAUUGGUUAUCUCCGUCUCUUGGUCCAACUGAGCUUAGCUAUAGUGAAGUUAAAGCCAUAUUAGCAAAGCUCACGUGGAAAAUUGUCAAUGAAAGUCUUUUAGCCAGCAAUGAAGGCAACAUAACAUACUAUGAGAUGGCUUACAGUUAUAAUAAUCAGGAGAAAUCACAAGAUACAGAUGGAGUUGCCACAUCAGGGACACUGACUAGUUUAUUGAAAGGUGCUAAUUAUAAGGUGGUAGUGUAUGCAAGAAACUCAGGACCAUAUCGAUCACCUCCAUCAAACAAAGUAUCGUUUACAACUGAAACAACAGUACCAGGCAAGGUGACCAGUCUUGGCACAACAGAGGUAACAGAGAACAGUCUCAAUGUUAAGUGGGAGGAACCAACAGACACUGGAGGACAGAAUGUACGUGUAGAUGGGUACAGAGUUGAGUACCGUGCUGGUGCAUCAGGAGAUUUCACAAUAUUUCAACAAAAUCAGCAAGAAAAAACGGCUCUUAUUGAAGGACUCAUGCCAAGACAGGAGUACACAGUGAGAGUCACUGCUAGGAAUGUCAAUGGUGAUGGUGAUCCUGAUGAAAUUAAGAGAACAACACAGACUGAAGCUGUUACUGUUACUAUCGGCACAACAACUGAGACAACAGUCCAAGUUCAUUGGCAGAUUGGUAACGCCCCGGGUACUGGGACAGAAAUCACUGUACAUUGGGGGACCAACUUGAGUGAAACUGUAGGAAAAGAGAUAGACACUUACAAGGUAGAACGAUUGAAUCCCAAGACUUCGUACACAAUCAGAGUUGUCGUAAGUGUUCUUAAUGGUCAAGAGUGGGAGGCGACUGCAGAAGUUGAAACGAAAGCACUUACUGCCAUCGUACUUCGUCCACCAGAGACACUUCGUGUUGACAAAGAUGCACCUGGCACUGCUACAUGUGUAACUUCUAGUGGUGCUCCACCACCACCACCAGUUGAGUGGAAGGUUAAUAAUGAAGUUGUAUCAAGCACAGGGUCCAUUACAGUGCAAGACAACGUCUUGACUGUGACAUACACAGAAGAGCUAAACAAGGCAAUCAUCGUUUGCAAAGUUAAUGAGUUAACAUCAAACGAAGUUACAGUCGAUAUUGCAGUUGAAGGCAAGAGUAGUGGCCUCCCAGGUGGUACAAUAGCUGCUAUUGCUGUUGGAGUGAUACUUGGAAUUAGCAUAAUGGUUAUCAUUCUAUUGAUCGUUAUUUUGAGGAGAAAACAGUCUGGUGGAAAUGUUAAAUCAAAGAGUGUAAAGGAGCUGUCUACAGCAGUGGAAGAACACGAAAGGGAAGCACUUGAUGAUCUUACAUAUGAAGCAAUACCUGACACUGGCAUACCAGUGACUCCACUGUAUGAAGACACCGUCAUUCGCACAAGUUCACAUUAUCAAGGAUUAUUGGUUGACAAUGCAGCUUACAAAACAACAGGUGCUGAAAACCGAGGUAAUGGGAAUUAGAAUGUUUAAUGUAUAAUCAUGCAGGCAGGCUGUUGCUAGUGAAGGACUGUAGUAGUGACUCUAUCUUCCUAUCUAUGGACUGUUCUUUAAUAGUAGCUUGUUGAUAGGCUUUUAUUGCAUUUUUACUAUGCAUCUGUUGCAAUUGGUGUAAGGCAAUCAUUUUAUGCAAUGGUAACAUUCCAGCAACUAGCUGGAUAUUUGCUUUCUACAUGUGAGUUGUACGAGUUGUAUCUGGUAGUGAAUCUACUUUGUCAACUUUUGGUAUAUGUGUGGGUAUACUGCAGCUCACACACUACGGCUUAUGUAGACUAUAGCUACAAGACAAAUUACAAGUGUUCUCUGUA